ACAUCCCCAAAAACGCUACACAAAAAAAAAGCACAUCUCACACCUCGAAGACUUGGGUGUUGAAAGAGCGACCUCUCAGUACUCGUUUCUCUCUCUCUCUCUCACCGAACACACGGUACUUGUUCGAUCUUAACGACUUGAGAAUCUCACAGUGCCCACAAACUCCAACAUUGCUCAAAAGUUUUUGAGACAUCUCUCAAACUUAAAAAAAGUCAGACAAUAUUGAUGGUUCUUCUGAUGGACGAGGAAAACAAUCUUAUGGAAGAAACAGCUCUACUCGAAGACUCUUCUGAUGCUGAAUUUGUCUGUGGAGAUCCAAAAGUUGAGCCUCGUGUUGGAGACGAGUUUCAGGUUGAGAUUCCUCCUAUGUUUUCUGCAUCCGAACGUGCAGUGUUUCUUUCAACUCCUCCUCUAGCUUUGGAUGAUUCCUCAUUUUCCUUUCUCGUGGGACAACCUGUUCAAGUAAUGUGGAUAGCCAAACAUCCAAAAGGACAAGCAAAUGGAGAUGAUGAUGAUGAUGAUGUUGACAUGAACCAAUCUUUGAAGUCUUUUAGAGCAAAAAGAAGUCGUUGCUCUGCUAAGAGUGACAAGAAUCCGAAACCCAAGAAGCAGAGAUUGAAUCUUGAUGCUCUUCCAGAGAUACCAUCCAGUUCUUGGGAAGACCAUGAGGUUGCUAGCUUUGUUCUUGGUCUUUAUACCUUUGGGAAGAACUUUACUCAGGUGAAGAAGUUCAUGGAGAGCAAAGGAACAGGAGAGAUACUGUUGUUUUACUUUGGCAAGUUCUACAAGUCAGCUAGUUACCACACCUGGACUGAUUCCCGCAAGAAGCGUAGCCGCAAAUGUGUAUACGGAAGAAAGCUCUAUUCAGGUUGGAGGCAGCAACAGUUGCUGUCCCGCUUGAUUCCUUCUGUUUCUGAUGAAACUCAGAAACAGAUGCUUGUGAAUGUCUCCAAGUCUUUUGCUGAAGGGAAGAUCUCUCUGGUGAAGUACAUAGACGCUGUGAAGGAUCUUGUGGGUCUGAGGCUUCUGGUAGAUGCGGUGGCGAUUGGUAAAGGAAAAGAUGAUCUCACAGUUCGUACAGCUGUACCAGUUAAGACCACCAAACCAUGGUUCACGGUUUCUCAAAAACAUUCUUCGGUACCGGGCUUAAGGGCUUACACUUCACUCACAUCUGCUGAUAUAAUAACUCAGUUAAAAGGCAGUUCACGUCUAAGCAAAGCUCGUUGCAGUGAUAUCUUCUGGGAAGCUGUAUGGCCGCGUUUGCUAGCCAGAGGAUGGCACUCAGAGCAGCCAAAUGACAGAAGCUAUAAUACAUCUAAGGAUAACAUUGUUUUUAUUGUCCCUGGCGUGAAACGGUUCUCGAGAGGGGAUCUUGUCAAAGGCGAUCAUUACUUUGAUUCCGUUAGUGACAUUCUAACAAAAGUUGCUUCGGAGCCUGAGCUUCUUGAGUUUGAAGCAGGAGGAGUGAGUGUUGUUGCAGAGAACUCUUCUGACCAAUCAGAUGAAGUGUCUUCCAAGUCUGAUAGUCAAAGACACCGUUACCUCAAGUCUCCAUGCUCUAACCGUGGAAAUUCGCAAAUGACAUUCACUGUUGUUGACACUAGUUUGGCUGCUGGAGGAAAACUGUGUGAUUUACGGAAUCUGAAAGCAGAAACUAUAGUCUCUGAGCCAAAGACUGGUUUAGGAGACAAUGUGGAAAUGCCCCAAGUGAUGCCUCUGGAUGCUCCAAUGCGAUUCGUUAUUAUUGAUUCGAGUCUAGACCACCGUAAAAAGUGGUCUGGUUUAAGGAGAUGGAAACGUUUACCAAGUGAUGGCACAAACAAGGAUGAUUCUAGCAUAAAAGAGGAAGAGAGUUUGGAGAGGGUGAAGGAUCCAUCAAAGAGGUUGAUCAAGCAUAAGUCUACCCGGCCAGCAGAAACUAACCAUCAUUCAGUAAAAUCUGCUCCAUCUUUGAAACGCAGACGGCUUAGUGCUUGUAUAAAGAAGGAGAAAAGCCUUUCAACAGAAAUUUCUGAAUCAGACCAUUUAAGGAUGGUAUGUCCUGACUCAGAGCACCUAAGUUUAUGUGCGGUCCAACACCAAAACAGCACUCAUGAAGAGAUGAAUGAGGACAAAGAGAGAUAUGAAACCUUGUUAUCAGUUGAUCAAUCAAAAAAGACUAGAACUGAACCGUCUGCUGCGGUUGUUGAGACCCAAGAAAUAAUGUCAGAGAGCAAACCAAAUGGGUUAAGUUUGAUCUCUGGUGUAGACAAUAACUGUUCUACAGAAGAGGUAAGAACAAGCCAUGAGCUCAUUGCAUCAGAACAAGACUCAAAGGGGGCAUGUUCAGUGUCCGGCUCAGAGGAAAGAUGCGCUUACAAUGACCAAGGGCCAGUAGUUAAGCUCCCUUCUAUUACAGGCGCAAACAUCAAUAUUUCUCCUUCCAAUUAUCCGGAACAAGAACAAGCAGUUGAGCUCCCUUCCAUUACAGACGCAAACAUCAAAAGUUCUCCUUCCAAUGAUCUGGGAAACACUCACGAAUUUGGUUCAUCACAACAGCAACAUCACGACCAGCAGGCUAAUAAUACAGAUGCUCCUAGAAGACAUAGCACAAGAAAGCGACCACUGACCACCAGAGCUCUGGAAGCUCUUGAAUCUGGUUUUCUCACUAACAAUGGAACGGAAAGCACGGUUAAGCCAAGAAAACGUGAAAGAUCUUCGAAGAGAAAGCACUCAGCUAAAGCGAGUGCCAGAGCACAGCUUUUGCCAGACAAUGGGAUUGCAGAUAUGGAGCAAAGAGGAGAAGAUGGAAGGAGCAAAGCAACAGCAAGUAACAGCCCCUUGGAUCAAAUAGAGGAUACAAAGCCUAGCUUUAUUCUUAAUGGAGCCAAAACUGAGAGCAAGCCUCCUCUGGAUCGAAGACAUGAUUCAAAGCCGGUGCUAACUGAACAUCCUAGACUUCCACCGAUUAUCUUAAAGCUUUCAUUAAAGCGUAGAGCUUCAGAGGCUUAAAAGUCUUAAGAGUUUGGGUGCUGGCUGGGAGAGGACUGGCUUUGUUAUAGAAUAAAUGUAUAGAAGUAAAGAUUUUUUUAAGGGUUUUAUUUCCAUACUCUUCUUUGUUCUUCAUUUUUGUUGGGUCAAAUGUGACAACGGUACACAACGUAUCCAAGGUUAUUUUCUUCUUUUUAUCCUAUCGUAAAAAGUUAAAUGUUUUUUUUUUUUUG